AUGGAUGUCGAAAAGCAUGCGAAUCAUGUUUCUUCUACAGCGGCUUCCCUUCUGACCCAAUUAUCAGGACAGCUACAGGAAUUAACAACUUCCAACACAGCCUCCCUACAGAAACAACCCGGGCCCAUCAAUGGAAACGGCGGUCAGGUUCAAAAUGAGUCAAUGGAAUUUGAUUUACCUGCCCCACCUUCACCAGAUAUGCUAGAUGUUCGCUAG